AUGGCUCCUCCGACAUUCGCUGGCAUGUCGGGCAAGCCCUUGUCGCUGACGGUUUCGACCAUCGCGACCAUGGGUUUCCUACUCUUCGGUUAUGACCAGGGCGUCAUGUCCGGUAUCAUUAGUGACCCUGCCUUCAACGGCGUUUUCACCGCAACCAAGGACGACAGUGUUAUGCAAGCCCUGGUCACCGCCGUCUACGAACUGGGUUGUUUGGCCGGUGCCAUCUGGGCCCUGAUCUUCGGUGAUAAGAUGGGACGUCGAUGGAUGAUUUUCUCCGGCGCCAUCGUUAUGAUCAUUGGUGUGAUUAUCCAGGUUACCUCGUUUGUUGGCCACAUUCCUCUCCUACAAUUCUUCAUCGGUCGUGUCAUCACUGGAAUCGGCAACGGCAUGAAUACGUCGACGAUUCCCACCUAUCAGGCUGAGUGCUCCAAGACGACCAACCGGGGUCUGUUGAUCUGUAUUGAGGGUGGUGUCAUUGCCAUUGGUACUAUGAUCGCCUAUUGGAUUGACUUUGGCGCUCACUAUGGACCAUCGGACCUGGUGUGGCGCUUCCCUAUUGCCUUCCAGAUCUUCUUUGGUAUUAUUAUCAUUGUUGGCAUGUGGUAUCUCCCUGAUUCUCCUCGGUAUUUGAUCUCUUGUGGUCGUGUUGAGGAGGGUGAGAAGGUGCUGGCUGCCCUUGGUGGUCGCGAGAUCCAUGACCACGAGACCCAGCUUCAGAAGCAGCUGGUUUUGGAAUCCCUUGAAGCAUCUGGCGCUGGCGAAGAGACCAAGUUCUCGGAUCUGAUUACGGGUGGCCGUUCCCAACACUUCCGUCGCAUGCUCAUCGGUUCUUCCUCCCAAAUUUUCCAGCAACUCAGUGGCUGCAAUGCAGUGAUCUACUACCUGCCCGUUCUCCUGGAGAACUCGCUUGGUGAAGACCAUGACUUUGCCCUGCUCAUUGGUGGUGUCAACAUGAUUGUGUACGCCAUCUUCGCCACGUUCUCCUGGUUCUUCAUUGAGAAGAUUGGCCGUCGCAACCUCUUCCUCUACGGUUCCUGGAUUUAG